GGUACGCCGCGUCACAACAGACGCGGACGCAAUAGACCUACGCAGACUCAGACGCCGUCGUCGCCGAUCGAUCCGCAGGAAGCCGACGCCUAAACGUCGUGCGAAGCCAUCCGUACGACUGUACGCCUAGCACAUAUCGUACAUUCGUACGAUCAAUACGGCAUACGCCAUCGUUCAGCGUUCGACGUACACAAGAUUUUCGUCCCCCCCCGAUCGUCCGUUGUGUCGCGUUUCUGUUUUUUCUGUUCAAUCAAUCGAUCGUUCUAAGCGAUUUCGUAAGCGCGUUUAUCCUGUGUUAUUUCAAUUGCUUGCACAUAGCCAUUGUCACCAACGUCCGAUUUGGUCUGUACUGAGCAUCCGGUCCGGCUACCGCCAACACAUAUGCUGCUGUCGUAACACGUCGCGGUGACCAUCACUCCGGGACAGAACACCAUCAUGGCAGUCGUUGAGAUAAAACCCAAUUUCGUAAAAAGCGUCUCCUGUUUUAUUAAUGAUUUAUCUUACCGUGAAGCUGUUGAGAAUUCUGUGAAUUAUAAUACAAGAUUAUGUAUAGAACGGCGAUUGAGAAUGCCAUUUUUAGAUACACAAACAGGUGUAGCUCAAACACAUUCAAGUUUGUUAAUGUUAGAACGACAACGUAUGCCUGGGUUAAAUAACGGUCAAGUUUAUACAUAUCCUUCCAAAAGGUGGAAGAAGAAAAGAAGACAAUAUUUGUUAAAUACCUGUAAUACUAGUUCUGUAAAUUCCUCUGUAUUCAAUUCUGGAAGACGUAAGGAAUCUGGUUUAGCAAGUGGUGGUGAUUCCGGGGAUGGAACAAAUUCAUUUAAUAUUGAUUUACAUACUGGAGACAGUCAAAAUGCAAUUUCAAAUAAUGAAGAUAGUAAAGAUAGCCUUGGAACAAAUACUAUAGUAUCUAAAGAUGAUCAGCCUAACCAAAACAGUUCAAACACUAAAGUAUCUUCUGAAUGGUAUUAUGAUGAAUUUGAAAUGCAAGAAAUCGAAGGAUUUGAAGAACCUGAUGCAGAUUCAGAUUAUGAUUAUGAAGAAAGUUACACAAAACGCAAAAGACGAAAAGGUGGAAAGCCUGGUCGUAACAGUACAAAUAAUGAAAGUACAAGUGGUCGCCGCAGUACAAAAGGUUCAACAUCUGGAAGAGGAAGAAAGAAAGGAAUGAGUGGUUUCAUUGAUCUUCAAGAUCCCGAUAAACCAUAUGCAUGCGACCUAUGUGGAGCUCGUUACAAGACUCGACCUGGUCUUACUUAUCAUUACACUCAUUCACACAAGGAAAAACCUGCUGCCAAUAUACCUGUAGCAGAUGAAGAGGCCAGCCAAGAGAGUGGUUUAGUAUCAACCCCUGUGUCUCCACAAACACAACAGUCUCAACCAUUUGAACAACAACAAACUACAACAGGUUGGAGCAAAUUCCAGGACAGUUAUGUCACCUUCCUUAAUGCCCCUGGUCCUUCAGGCAGCAACAAUACUCCGGUGGCUUCUCCUGCUCCUCAUUCAAAACGGGUUUCAGCUAGAAUGUCAAAUCAUCAAAACAGUUCUCCUCUUGUGACAUUGAACCCAAAUGAAGCAGCUUCAAGCACUGCAAGUUCAACAUUUUCAUCAACUACUACUCCAGCAAAAACAUCACAUAAAGCAGUUUCAAGAGAAGGGUAUACUAAAACAAAAUCCGGAGGCAACAAAUCUGCAAAUCCAUCACCAUAUUGUGAUUUUUGUUUAGGCGAUGAAGUAUCUAAUAAAUCUGGUCAACCAGAAACAUUGAUUUCUUGUUCAGACUGUGGUCGUUCAGGCCAUCCAACAUGUCUUCAAUUUACUGCAAAUAUGAUAAUUUCUGUUGGAAAAUAUCGUUGGCAGUGCAUCGAGUGCAAAUGUUGUUCAAUUUGUGGAACAUCAGAUAAUGAUGAUCAACUUUUGUUUUGUGAUGAUUGUGACCGUGGUUAUCAUGUGUAUUGCUUAACACCACCACUUACAUCACCACCUGAAGGUUGCUGGAGUUGUAAAUUAUGCAUCAAAGAAUUCCAUUCAAAAUAAUGUCUAUCCUAAGAAAUACAUUUUUUGUCUUAUCAACCUUUGAGUUCUAUAAAUGUCAUCUUGAAUAGUUAACCAAAUUAUAUUCCAUAAGGUGUGUUUACUAAAUAUAAUUGAGUUCAACCAUUGAUCACUAGAUAUUUAGGGUCAAUCAGUAUUAUAUAAUUUAAGUUUUUUUUUUUUGUAAUCAUACUUUUUUAUAAUUUUAUAAUUGCCAAAUUUGGUUUACAUAAAUUAGUUCAAAUUAUAAUUUUCAUCAAUUUGUUUUGAGUCUUUUUAUUUUUUAUUAUU